AUGACACACGUCGUCGUAACUCUCGCGGGGACGGCACUACAUGGAGCUCAACGUCUUCCCCGCAACCCCAAGCUCAUAUGGAGAGGCGGUGUUCUGACGAACACAAAAGAAGCAUCCCUGCAAAAAGUUCGCGCGCCGCGAUCCUCUCGUCUGACCGCCACGGAGAAUGACGAGCAGGAUCGGCGACUUCCGGGGGCCGAUGAUCUCUCUACAUCAUUCUCGAAGGAGUUGAAGCGGAGGAAGCGAGCCUUGAAGGGUGGAGAGAACGACGGGGCUGACUUUGGUGGCCAAGAGCUGCUGAAGGCUGAGGAACAGCCCAGGCCCAUGUUCAGGGAUGACAGAGAUCCCUCACGCGACAUCGGCAAUCAACUGAAGGUGUCUCGAGACCUUCAGAACGAUGGACUUGCCGGGUUUCCGUCGAGAGCAGGUGAGCUGCUGACUCUGGGACUCACCGUGUUUUUUUCUUUCGGGCCGAUCAUUGCCGUGUGCUCAGCCUUCUUUGUAGUCACAUAUCUACUCCUUGGAUCUGAUUUCAUCCACGGGGGACACCAAGACACGAACACGCCGUCGUAUGUUACGCCGCAGUCUUUACUUUACGAGAGGGACAUCGAUGGCAAACUAGAAAAACGUUGAAAAGGGAAACAAAGUGCAAGAGAGGCUGCCAAGGUAGACCCAGAGACAAAUGUCAUAUCUGCACACAUUCUUGAAUGAAAAAUCGUGGUAGCCGUGCACUUAAAAACUUGAUCUAUGUUUAUUUGAGGAACGAAAAACGCGGAUGAGCCUUGCUCUUUGAACCCCCAGUCGGAGAUGAAGAAUGCCUAUGACCAAGCAGAUUCUUGGUAAGCCAACAUCACAGAGAUUUUCCCACGUGACUUCGAUACGCGAUAGAGAACACGUUCAAGCAGAUGCUCCCACAAAGGCCCUGCAAAACUUGACUUCUUCCGUCAGGCCCAUGAACUGGGUUGGGGGACAGCGUUUUAGCAUUUUACAACUUGGGUCGUGCUUUCUUUGCCAAAGAAAAAAAACCUCAGAACUGCAAUCAACGCAGCAAAACAAUUACCUUCGAAGGUACUCGAAGGUAGCUUUUAGUGCCGAUGGAGCAUCCGUACAAAAUCUCUACCAUGUGGUUAUGUGAAUUAUCACCUUCGUACCUUCGUUCGUACCUUACUUCGUUCGUGAAGGUAACUUUUUAAUAAAACCACAUAUUCCAUUAUUGGAUUUUUUAAAAAUAAAAAG